AUGUCUUCUCGCAACAUGCCACAGAUGAAGCCCUUGACUACCGCUGAGAGACGCUCCGCCAAUGCAAACUUCACGUCCUCGUCGCGACCCCGCGCCGCAUCGGGAGAGGAAAACAACAGACGAGGGUCGACGACAACAUCGCAUACGAGGAAGCAGUCAGCGAAUAUGGGGACUUCGGGCGAGCGGCGCACAGAAAAGAGGGAGGUACGCGAACGGGAAUCAGAAGUCAGACGGACUAGAAGCCCGCUGAAGCACUCGAGCGAGAGUCGGGUCAACGCUCGAAGUCGCGCGGAGAAACAAGCGCGGGACGUGGAGAGACCGUCUCGCAGUGCACCUUCGACAAAGUCGACACCAGAACCUGUCCAAAUGCCAUGGGAUCCACAGGCCUCGCUGGUGCCGCAUACGACGGCUCCGCUUGCGACGCGCAUUUCGAUCCCCCCACUAGCAUCGACCGCCCCCGCCGCGCUACAACCUACACCGCUGGCACAACUAUCGUUAGAAUUGCAGGAGAAGGCUGUGCUGGAGGAUCUACUGUUUGUAUUCAUGGGAUUCGAGGGGCAGUACAUUCGGUUCAGCGAGGCGUACAAUCCGCAUGAAGAAAAGGAACGGCUCGUUGGGCCGCAAUUCCGCAUACUGCCCGGCCUAGAUCCAAGCCUGCGCGAUCUGACAAAGUCGAUGCUGAAGACCGCGACACACUACAUCGCAGUGGAUGCUUGUGUUGAAGUGCUGAGCAGACAGGAAUAUGGCUCCGUCAAUCACGCUCUAUGCGCAGCUAUACGGCGACUGCUCAAGGACUACCUGACGCUGAUCGCGCAAUUGGAACACCAGCUGUUGACGAAUGAUUCGUUUACUCUUCAUGUCUUGAAUCUGCAUACGAAGCAAACAAGCCACCUGCUUUUCCAGCUCUACACCACCGGCAUCGAGCUACUGAAAGCGAACGGCAUCCUGGAGGACGAAAAGGAUGACGAUGACUCUGCAGAUGACGAUAGCAACGACUUUGAGAAUAUCCUCGAGUCGCUGCGCGAAGGGGGCAAUACUACCAAGAAGUUAUGCAAGGGCGGGAGCGUUCUUGGCCUCAUCACCAAACGAUUGUCGUCCAUGUCCGGAGAUCCUGCAGCGCGAACAUUACUCACAACACUUCUGCGAGAGGCCAGUCGACCGUACAUGGCAAUGCUCAAUGAGUGGCUACACCAUGGAGGGAUCCGAGAUCCCCACUCGGAGUUUUUGAUCAAGGAGCAAAAGAGCAUCAAGCGAGAGAGGUUAGACCAGGACUACACCGACGAGUACUGGGAGAAGCGAUACACUAUCCGGGACGCACUAGUACCUCCUCAGCUGGACGCAGUCAAAGACAAAGUGCUUCUAGCUGGAAAGUAUCUCAACGUUGUUCGCGAGUGCGGAGGUGUCGAUGUUAGCAAGAUCGUCCAAGACGCGCCAACAAGUUUCGACGAUCCGCGAUUCCUAGACAACGUCAGUUCGUCAUACGCGUAUGCGAACUCUUCGCUCCUCAAUCUAUUACUCACCACCCACCAACUACCUGCUCGACUACGAUCGCUCAAACACUACUUCUUUCUCGAUCGAUCCGACUUCUUCACCUACUUUCUUGAGAUGGGCGAGUUGGAGCUCAAGAAGCCAGCAAAGCAUGUUAAUGUAGGCAAGUUGCAAUCACUACUCGAUCUUGCUACGCGACAUUCUGGUUCCGUGGCUGUUGAAGACCCAUACAAAGAAGACAUCAAGGUACAAAUCAAUGACACAGGUCUCACCAAUUGGUUGAUGAAGAUUGUCAAUGUGCAAGGUCUGGAUCAGGAUGCGGCUACUGCGACGAUUUCGAACUACACCCCUGCGAAUACCGCGCCCAUUACGGAUGAUACGAACAUCACAGGCUACCAAGCUCUAGUAUUUGACUACGCUAUGCCAUUUCCGCUAUCAUUAGUUGUCAGCAGAGUAACACUGACACGAUACCAAUUACUUUUCCGAUAUCUGCUCAGCUUGAAACACCUUGAAACCGAACUGGCGAAGUGUUGGGGCGAGCAAGGCAAGAACGCGGCCUGGAAGCACCGGUCUAGGAACCCGCGGAUCGAGCUGUGGAAACGAAAGGCUUGGACACUGCGAGCGCGCAUGCUAGUCUUCGUACAGCAAUUGAUCUAUUACUGUACUUCGGAAGUCAUCGAGCCAAACUGGGCUUCUCUGAUGUCUCGACUAAAUGAGGAGGGUAAAGAAGGCGCGAAAGGCAAGAGCAAAGCGACAGCAGAUGACGGUAGCAAUCCGCAAGUCAAACGAACGGUGGACGAAUUGAUGCAGGACCAUGUGGACUUCCUUGCGACAUGCCUCAAGGAGUGCAUGCUUACCAACAGUAAGCUAUUACGGAUCAAUAACAAGAUCAUGUCUACUUGCAGCAUGUUUGCUUCAUUCACGUACUCGCUGUCCCGAUAUCUCAUAACAGGAGAUCCCGACCUAGUCGCCCAAGUCAAUGCUACAUUCGCCGCGCCCAAUCCUUCCACCGCCGCUAAAUCCUCUACCCGACCUCCAUCCCGCUCUGGUCCCGCUGCCUCGGUCCUCAUUCCAUCACGGACUGCCGCGUCAGCGUCCCAUCGACCCACGACUCAAUUUGUCUAUGAUCCUCAGAGGGUGGAUAAAAUGUUUGAUAUGUUGGCCAAGUACGAGGAGAACUUCACCCGGCAUCUUAAGAUUUUGCUGGAUACGCUAAACUACCUCGCUGCUACCGAAACUGUCGUCUUUUUGAGCUUAUGUGCGCGACUCACGAGCGCUGGUGAAGGGCUGAGUGGAUUCCAAGUGCCGAUGGGUAUGGAGGGCAUAGCGUAA